CCUGGGAGACGGCUGCUGAGCGUAGUGUGGACAGAGAGAGAUAAAGGAGGUGGAGGCAACAAGCUGCCAUCAUCACUCCUGUUUUUCUUCCUCGAGGAGGCGUCGGUGUGAAGAAGGAGACCCAGCAGAGGGGCAGGAGGAGGAAGAGGAAGAGGAGGAGGUGGAGGGAAAGGAGGAGAUCAUUUGAAUGCUGCUGUUUGUCAAGAUUGAGCUGCCUCCUGUCAGCCUCUGACCUGCGAGGUCGGUGUUGGGACUCUGCUGUUGCUUCUGGCUGUGGUGGUGGUGAUGAAGAGGAGGAUGAGGAGCGGUCACGGCUCAGCUGCACGUGUUGACGUGUGAAAGGAGGGCGAAGGUCGUCGCACCUGCAGCACACUGAGAGGAAGGAGUCCUUGAAAGUCUUGGAAUAUAAAGCAGAGAACUUCUGGACUUCCCUGAAAUUCUUAGAAUAAGGAAUAUUAAACCUUUACAAUUCCUGGAAAUCCAGAAUAAGAAGCUAAGAGGCCUGUUAUUGAUCGGAACGUCGAUCUGACCCGUGGAAGGUAAAAUCCACCGCUGAAGUUUAACACAGAGGAUUAUUAUUAUUUAUAAGGAGAGACAUAAAAACGUUGGAAUUUGUGGAGCUAAAACCUGGGAUGCAGAACUCCUGGAUAUCCUUGGAUUUCUGAAAAUAUUUUAUUGGAAUUUUAAAAAAUGCAGAACCUAGAAAUAAGUUCACGUUAAAAAAACAUCAAACCGCUCAAGUUUCAACUACAUUUUUUACUUUAUAGUUUUAGUUUUUUCCUUUUUCUUGCUCGGCCCAUCCUGCUGGGAGUUUUCUUCAUAUUUGGACUCCCGUCCUCCUCUCGGCCGGAGGACAUGUCUCCUUCGAUACGAGAACGGACGGCAGGAAGUUGACUCCUGCAGGGAGCGAGGCCGAGAGACAAACACGGAGAGAGGGAAAAAGAGAGAGAGAGAGGGGAAUAUGUCGUGGAAGAGGAACUACUUUGCGUCAGGUGGAGGUGGAGGUGGAGGCGGAGGCGGAGGCGGCGGUGGAGGUGGCGCUGGUGGCGGCGGGAUGCAGGGAAUGUUGACGCCUCGCACCAUGACGUCCAUCGCUCCCAGCAAAGGGCUGAGCAACGAGCCGGGACAGAACAGCUGCUUCCUGAACAGCGCCCUGCAGGUUCUGUGGCACCUCGAUAUCUUCCGACGUAGUUUCCGUCAGCUGACGACUCAUAAGUGUAUGGAGGACUCGUGCAUUUUCUGCGCUCUGAAGAGUAUCUUCGCUCAGUUUCAGUACAGCAGUGAGAAAGUGUUGCCGUCCGACGCUCUCCGCAGCGCGCUCGCCAAAACCUUCCAGGACGAGCAGAGGUUUCAGCUCGGCAUCAUGGACGACGCCGCAGAGUGCUUUGAAAACAUCCUGAUGAGGAUUCACUUCCACAUCGCAGAUGAGUCCAAAGAAGACAUCUGCACAGCCAGACACUGCAUCCCCCACCAGAAGUUUGCCAUGACGCUCUUCGAACAGUGUGUGUGCAGCAGCUGUGGAGCGUCCUCAGACCCUCUGCCGUUCAUUCAGAUGGUCCACUACAUCUCCACCACCUCCCUGUGUAACCAGGCAGUGAAGAUGUUGGAGUCGAGGGAGAAAGCGACACCUAGCAUGUUUGGGGAGCUGCUGAGAAACGCCAGCAUGGGAGACCUGCGCAGCUGUCCCAGUCAGUGUGGUCAGCAGCUCAGGAUGGCUCGUGUCCUCCUCAACAGCCCGGAGAUCAUCACCAUCGGUCUGGUUUGGGACUCUGAUCACUCAGACCUUGCUGAGGACGUCAUACACACCCUGGGAACCUGCCUGCGCCUGGGGGAUUUGUUUUACAGGGUAACGGAGGAGAAGGCUCGUCAGUCGGAGCUCUACCUGGUCGGCAUGGUGUGUUACUACGGGAAACAUUACUCCACCUUCUUCUUCCAGACAAAGAUCCGACGUUGGAUGUACUUCGAUGAUGCACACGUCAAGGAGAUCGGUCCCAAGUGGAAGGACGUGGUUUCUCGCUGCAUCAAGGGCCACUACCAGCCUCUGCUGCUGCUGUACGCCGACCCGCGGGGGACGCCCGUGUCGGUGCAGGACCUGCCCUCACGCUUUGACCUCCACCACCUCAACAAGGCCUGUUACGACAGCGAAGACUCGGGCCGCGAGCAGUCAAUCUCCAGCGACACUCGCACCGAUUCGUCGACGGAGAGCUACUCAUACCGACAGCCCUCCCACUCGCACCAUGAGUCCCUGGCCAGUCACUACUCCUCUGACUCCCAGGGAACCGUCAUCUGCAUCGAGCGCCCAGACGGACCCCUGCACGCCUCGCUCUGCAGCCUGGAUACCAUAGGCCACGUGACGGACAGUGAGCAGCACCAGUCUCUGAGGAAGGGAGGCGGGGCCGGGGAUAGGAGGCGGAGCUCUAGCCGCCACCAGCGUUCUAAACCCGACAACGAAGCCUCGUCGGCCGGUUACCACAGCGAGGGAGAGACGUUAAAGGAGCAGCAGGUUCCUCGUCACCUCCCCAAACCUUCCUCCUCCUUCUCAUCCUCAACUAGUCGCCUCCGAGACUUCAAGGAGACCAUGAGCAACAUCAUCCACAACCGACCCCUCUCCUCCUCUUCCUCCUCCUCUUUACCGGCUGCCGUCCUCUCUGAAAUCACCUCCUCCACCAACAACCACCACCCUGCCAACACUACUGCUCCCUGCUCCUCCUCCAAUAAACUCCACGACUGGGAGGCCGACAGCACCAGCAGCGAGUCUAAGUCCAGCUGCUCGGGGGGAGCAGGGUCGGGGAGGUACCGGCCCGCAUGGAGGCCACGAAGGGAGGUGCUCAACAUCGACAGCAUCUUCAACCGCGAGAGGCGAAGGCAGGCGGGAUACAGCCCGCUCGCAGCCUCCCUGCCCGACGACUGCAGAGCUCCUGCUUCCGAGGGAGCAGACGCCUCCUUCCCAGCCCAGGAGGAGGUCAAGUCUGUCAGGCCGGGCUCCUCCUGGACUCUCCCCACUAUCCCCAGCAGCCACAGAGGAGGUGGAGGUGGACCCGGAGUUGGAAGGGGAAGUGCAGGAGUUAGAGGAGGUGCAGAGCUGCCUCCUCCACCUCCUCCUCCUCCCAGGCUGAUCCAGAGGAUGGAGAGCGGAUACGAGAGCAGCGAGAGGAACAGCAGCAGCCCGGUGAGCCUGGACCUGAACCUGGGAGACAGGGAGUGUGUUGUGAAGAAGCCUCCACCCUCUUCCUCUUCCUCAGGACCGUCUUGGAGGAACAUCAGGUCGAAGAGCAGUGGAGCUUUGCUGCAGGAGCUCAGCUCUUCCAGCAGGGGGAGCCUCGCGCCUCCUGCAGGACGCAGCGAGCUGGACGAGCUGCAGGAGGAGGUGCAGAGGAGAGCGAGGGAGGAGGAGCAGCAGCGACGGCAGGAGAAGGAGAGGGAGGCGGCGCUCGGCUUCAACCCCCGACCCAGCAAGUACCUGGACCUGGACCAGCUGCAGAUCCAGGGUAAAGGCGACAGCUUUGAGCGGUGUGUGUCGGAGGCGGAGCUUCUGCUGGACCAGUCGGUGCGUCUGGAGCAGGCGGGCGAGGUCGCUGCCGCGCUGUCGGCGGUCAACGAAGCAGUCUCCAAACUGCAGCUGGUGGCGGCUGAGGGCGGAGCUAGUAGCCACAGCCGGCUGCAGCGCUGCACGAGGAGAGCCCGCAGCCUGCAGCAACGCAUGCAACUGCAGCAGCAGCAGCAGCAGGACUCAGAGGCAGGCACGCAGCAACCGCAGCAACAACAGGAGGAGGGGCAGCAGCUCCAGGAACAGCCCAGUGAAAAGCCUCUCUCGCUCCGAAUACUUCUGACAGAGAGACAGGGCGACCAAUCAGCUGCUAGUAAGGACCAGCAGGCCCCGUCUCCCUUUCCCUGCCUUGUUAAGCCCCUCCCUCCCAAAACGAAUUCAGUGUCUGACCCCGCCUCCAGUGCCGGGGCCCCUACAGGUUCACCCAGGGAGGACAACAAGACUGGGGGCCCCUGCUCUCGCUUCGGGAAACCCCUCACCAACACCAGGUCCCUCCUUGCUCUGUGCGUGGACACCUGGGAGCAGAGCCCCCUGGGAGACUUGGCUCCACCCCCUCCACCUGAGGAGGCGGACCGUCCCGCCCAGUGGGCCAGAACGCCCCCUGUCUCCAUGCCAGCACAGGACCCACCCAGGCCGUAUUCCCGAACCCCGUCACCUGCUGGCACCAACGACAGGUGUCAUCUGAUGAUGGAGGAGGAGCCACAUUACACCAGACACCCACAGACCACACCCCCUGUGUCUAGCCCCAUCUCCAUACCAGACCCACCCCCUUCCACCUCCCCAACCAGGAACUGGUCCUGCUUAAACCUGGACCAAGCUGAUGAUGUUGAUUCUCUCGUUGACCCGCCAAUCAGCUCGCACCUUUACUCAACCCCAGACUCCCCCUCCAGUGCUCCCCCGCCUCCUGCGAGCCGUCCCAGUCGGACCUCCUCCCCGCCCCCCAGCCAGGACUGCCGAGCGGCCCUGCCUGUGGAGCGCUGGGCGGAAAACGUCAACAGAUACUACGGCUCCCAGAAUGCAACAGGAGGAGGGGGUGCGGCGGUGCCCGAUGAGGAGCUGUCGGAGCUGGACUCUCUGUACCAGGCCAGUCUGCUGGCUCCCAGCAUGCACCGGGGCAGCCGUGGAGUCAGUCCUCAGCCAACCAACAACAAACCAGGUGUGAGGCGAAUGCUGUCAGGAUCCGGACGGUCCAAAACACCGACGGCUGAGAUCGAGAGAUUCGCCUACAGAGCGCCGGUUACACCUGUUCAUAAGCCGCCGCCAGGUGAAGACGAGAGCUACAGCGCAGAAAACCUGCGACGCAUCGCCCGCAGCCUGAGUGGAACCGUCAUCGGGUCACGACACCAAACCCUCGGCCCCUCCCGCAGCUGCGACCCCUCUGUGUCCAGGCCCCCCCUCAGACACGCCGACCUUCACUCCUCCUCUUCGUCCUCCCUCCUCCGUCACCCCAGCACCUCCUCCCUGCACCCCCCGUCCUCCACCUCCUUCACUACAGAUCACUCCUACCACCACCUCCAACACCACCAACCCCGACACCACGGCCCCUCAGCUCCUGCACCUCCUCCACAGCACCCCCCUUUGCAGACAUCACGGCCCCCGAGCUCGGGCCUCUCUUCCUGGGGACACUCAGGAGCUGCACCAGGCGUCCAGCAGCAGUUUCUGGUUGUGUCUGACAGGCAUCAAGCUCUCUCAGGUCAAAGCCUCCACAGCGUCGCGCUGAGUUACGGCACUCUGCCCCGGGCUCCUCGCCGAGCCCCGCCUCCCUCCUCCACCCUCCCCAGGCCCAGAGCCGGCUCCAGUGCCGCCCCCCCUCCCUCCUCCACCCUCCUCAGGCCCAGAGCCGGCUCCAGUCCCGCCCCCCCACCAGGUCCGCAGAGUCUCUACGCCACUUUGUCCCACCCUCGCCGCUCUGCCAACACCGCCACUAACGGUCACUACCGGCAACCAUCGCUGCCCACUAAAGUCAACGGGUCGACCCACUGCGCUCCACACCACCUCCGGGUGCCAGGGGAGGGCCCCCCCCAGCCGCUCCGCCUGGACGUGCCCCCUGAGAGCGACUGGCGCCGUGACGCCGACUACAGGACUGUCCAACCCAGCUCCUCCUGGGACCCCCGCACCGCUCGCCACCACCAGCCCCUCCUGCGCACCGACUCCCGCCAGCCUCCCCCGGCCCGGCCCCGCAGGGACCCCCAGCUCUGCUCGCUGUGCCAGCAGCUUCCUGCUGAGCCGUCACGCCCCUACUGCCCGUCCUGUGGCGCUUACGCGGCUCGGUUCCGCCCAGCCAGCUGAUGAGACCUGAGGCUCGCCCCCCCACUGCAGACGCCACAGAGGAAGUGUCUUAGUCCAGAUGUCUCGUAUCCAUCAUUACAAGAUGAAGUCCUCACGGCGAGAUGGAAUCUGAAGUUUCUUUUUUUGUAUUUAAAAUGUGCCAACGCGUCUUUAAAGUCGGCGCUGCCCAGAGUCCCGCCUGUAAGGCUCUUCCUCUUCGCGUUGGUGGAUAUCUCACUGCAGAAUCAGACUCUGUGAUUGGCUCGUGGGCUGCAGCUUCAUCUGGGGAAACGAACAACAUUAAGAAUCUUUCACAACCGGUCCUCCCCGGUCUGGACGCCCACCACGAGGCCACAAACUGAACAGCGUCACGCAGACAGAGCUCCGACAUACAGUACGCGUCUAUGAAUGUCUGCUGGAUCAAAGCACAUUGAGGAUCCUCAUCGAGGUAAAGCACCACGAUACAGACCCGGAUCGUGAGACCACGGAUGGAGGGACAGAACUGAAAGCAAAGCAGCGUGUCAUCAGUCCGUGAAGACACUGCUGCUAACCUGCUGUCUGUUAAAUACUGACACGUCAGUAAUCAAUAAACAGUACGAAACUCUAUUAUUUAUCUUCAUCCACCGGGUGUCAGAUUUGUAUCGUUAUAAACAACGUGUUUAUUUAACGGUAAGAAUGAAAAAUGUUGUGUGUUAAAGGCGGGGUCUGCGAUUCUGGAGAAAUCCAACACCAUGACAAAGAGCGAACGACGACACAGCAAGUAAUGUAACUAACGUUAGCUAGUUCUGGGUUAGCUUAGCUAGGCUGUGGGUUAGCUUAGCUAGGUUGCGGGUUAGCAAACUGUCGCUACAGCUGCUGGUGCGAAGCUAACAGUAGCUGCUGUGACGCUAACAGCCAGAGAGGACGAGACGGUUUCCCAGAGCCAGCACAGCAGCUCCAGACAGCGACGCUCACAACUCUCCUGCUGCUACAGCUAACAUCACAACAGCAGCAGAUCUUGGCAAACUAGAAAGUUAGCUGAAUGUCUGUCGUUUAACGUCACCUGACACACAGAUCAUGGAACAGUGUUGUGUGUUUGUUAGUUUCCCGUUUACAGAGCCGGGGCUCAGUACAAACACCGUAGGGUUUUCAGCGCUCGCACUGAACGGACAGCUAGCGGACCGCGAGGAGAGAUUCGCUGAAUCUGACAAACUGGAUUAGAAUCGCUGACCCCGCCUUUAAUAUAUAACUUAGAGCCCUUUAGGUGCUUUAGAGCUGCAAGGAUUAGUCGAUUAGUCGAUCAGCAACUGUUUUGAUCGUCGAUUAAUUGUUUUAAAGUUAGUUUUUUUUCAAGCAGUAAUGCCAAACAUUUGAUGGUUCCAGGUUCUCACAUGGGAGCUUUUUUUGUUCUUGCGUGAUGAUGCAGUGAGUCUCUUUGGGUCGGUCGGACAGAAGGAGACGUUUUGAAGACGUCGCCUCGCGUCUGAGGAUGUUGUGAUCUGCAUUGUUCCUCCUUUUUCUGACAUUUUAAAAACCAAACGAGAUAAUUCAAGAAAAGAAUCAGUGGUUGCAGCAUUAACGUGUCAAACGCACGUCAAACUGGCUCCUUCAGAGUUUUCGCUCUGUCGUUGUUUUGAUUGUGCUGCAUCAUGUAGACUUUAUAGAAUAAUGCUAUUUGAAAUGAUAUGUAUCAUUAUCAUUGAUUUAUUUCUAAAGUUAUUAGCUCAACAUUUAGAUUGAAAAUGUGGCAGCAUUUAUUUAGAAAUGUUAGCGGCAUGUUGCAGAUGUGGAAACAUCUGUUUUUUUAAAUUACUCUGCGAUCAUUUCUGUAAGACAGAAAACGCGAUGAAAGCAUCAGAACAAAUAGUUCCCAUCGGUUCUCACGACCAAGAAGCAAAGCGCUGAAUGUGGGUUCACUCUGGCAGCGGAGUCCAGUUUGUGUGAUUAUUGAUAAAAUGUCAGAACACGGUGAGCUGAUUUUACGUGACCAACGAUCUAAACCCAAAGAGUUUCAGUUCACGUCACAGACGACUCGGAAAACUAGCUAAUCUUCACAUUAGUGAAGCUGGAACCAGAGAACUUUUGCUAUAAAAAUGAUUCUGAGCGAUUUUAUCAAAAUUGCUGCCGAUUGCUGCAGACGCAGUCGGAGAUAAUCGAGCGGUCGCUUCAGCUUUGCUGCGCAGAAUCUGACACCAGGUGGGAGAGGAGAAGCAGCAGCCGGGUACAGGUGCGGAUACUUCAGGCGACGGUCGCUGCGUCUGUUUUUGCGAUGUUUUGAUCUGAAUGCGGUGUGAGACGCUGAACUGAGAGCAGCUGAAUCCUCGGAGCUGCACAAACCUCAACAGGAAAUGAAGGACUGACACGACAGGAAGUAGAAGCUUUUGGAGGAGCUUGAAUAUAAAUCUACUCUACUUAUUACCCUAUUUAUUUUUGUAGGCUUGUCAGACUGAGUUGUGCAUAGAUUAACUAAACUAUUCUACCUGCCUAACCUGAAUAUACUCUACUAUAGACCUGAUCUAAUUUUCUAAAGGUAGUUAGUCGCCUUGUUUGGGAUGUGGAGCCUUCUUAUAUUGUACACGAGGCUGAUUUCUGUCUUUUCAGAGUGCGUUAGAUUAAUAAUAAAGCUUUUAUUUUAACAGAGUUGCAGCUAAUAUUUAGCAUGAUGUUUCCAGACGUAUUAUAGCCUUGAGAGAAUCGCUCGACUUCGCUGUACAUUUAUUGGAAUGAUUAUAUAUGCUGAUCUUUCUUAGUGCAGCGACUCGACUGCGUUUAACUCUCAUUUAGUGCACUUCAGAAGUGUUGACGAUAGAUCUGUUUAAUGUGCUCGUUGCUGAUUUCCUUUGCCGUGUCUCCCGUUGUUCAGGGAGACGCUUCUCGUUACUUUGGGAGCUUGUUUUCGUGCUCAUGAGACCUGAGGCCGCUUUAGUAGAGUGUGAAGGGAACACCUUAAAAACCAGAAUGCUGUUUAAUUACAGACCGAGUGACUUCUGCAGAGUUUAUCUGUCCUACUGCCGAGAACCCAGUGCCGACCCCGCCCGCCUGGUGCUCCAGGUGAGCUAAAACAAACUAACCCGAGUCUGGUCUGAAGUCAAACACUUAUUCUAAAUCCUGUCCCCUGCCAUUGUUCUGCAGAUAGUCGAAGAUAUCGAUCGUUACGACAACCGAUUAAUCACUUAAAGCACUAAGGAGCUAAAUGCGAUUCGAUCACCUCGUCCUGAUUUAUUGAUUCUCCGUCGAUCGACAGGAUGUCUUCUCAGAAUUUACUUUAACAGCAGUGCGUCUGCUUCAUGCAGAGUUCAGACCAGACCUGAGCUCAUAAUAAUUAAGGAAGUGUCAGUAAUUCAAAUGAAGAGAAGUUAUUUUUUCACCAUGUCAGACUUGUGUUUUUGGCUUUUUGCUUCGCCAGAUUUUAUUUUGUUGAUUUUUGGUAUAUUUUUGAUGCUUAUUUUUCUACACUGUAGACUGAACAGAGAUGAUGAGAUGAUUAAAAUGUUUAAAGGAAA